AUGAGCGUUGCCAAUGAGCUGUCAGUAACCAUGCCAAUGCAAUUGGCCGUGGUGGAUACUGCUAUAGUUGCCGCGAGAGGAGGAAGCAGAGCCUGCUUAGAGGCCGACGCCGCCACCGGCUCAAUUGUUGAGAUCGGCGACAAUCAGGAUACCUCCAAGUCUUCCAUACAUCAAGCCCAUUAUCGCUACCCCAUCGAACACUCUUCCGACGCAGGAAUAGAAUCCGGAUCUACUAGCCGACCCAUGAAUACACCACAUGCAGUGAGUAUACCAAGUAUUCGAUCAUAUUUUCGUUCAAGUAUUUAA